CAGACCACAACAACAAACAACAUGGGUGCUGACGGUGGCUCCAUCCCCGACCGACGCGACCUCGUCAAGACCAAGGGCAAGGCCGAGCAGGCGGACAAGGCUGCCCAGCGCGAGCGCUUCUUGUUCUGCGCCCUGAGCAAGAAACCCCUCGCCAAGCCCGUCGUCGCCGACCCCCUGGGCAAGCUGUACAACAAGGACGCGAUCAUCGAGUUCUUGAUAGACAAGGCGGUGUAUGGCGAUGGCGACAGCAUCUGCCCGUACAUCAAGGGUGUUAAAGACCUCCUCACGCUCAACCUCAUGCCCAACCCCGCCGCCGAGACCGAUGACGCCAGCACGUCGACCCGCGCCCCGUUCGUCUGCUGGCUCUCGCUCAAGGAGAUGACGGGUGCGAUUCCGUUCAUCGCGCUAAAGUCGUGCGGCUGCGUGUUCUCCGACGCCGCAGUCCGCGCUAUCAUCCCCAACUUGACGCGGGGGAUUGCCGCCAGCUCGCCAGGCAAGGACGAGGCGCCCGAGGCUGGUGAGGCUGUGCCUUGCCCCAACUGUGGCAAGACUUUCGACCUGACAGUGCCCUCGGCCGUCCUCCCCAUCUACCCGUCCGCAGAUGUUCAGGACGCGCUCCUGGACGCUCUGCUCGCCUCCCGCGCGGCGGCCAAGGCGAACAAGAAGCGCAAGGCUGGUGCCGAGGACAAGGGAGAGAAGAAGGAGAAGAAGAAGACGAGCCCGCCAGCUGAGCCUGCCGCCAAGGUGCCGCGCACGGCUACUGCUGCUGGCGCACCGCGCGCUAUCAACACCAAGUCGCUAGGCAGCUCGGUCACUGCGCAGCUUGCAGAGCAGGAGAAGAAGCGCCUCGAGGCGCAGGCAGGCAUGAGCGCCGCCGUCAAGUCCAUGUUCCGGUCCAAGGAUGAACAGGGCAAGAGGGGCGACGCGGCUGACUUCUUUGGUCGCACAUUCAACAGGUAUGCCGCAUGAUUGUAUCGUUUUCAGAGUCCAUGUUGUACCAAUUCUGCAUCGAGUCGCGUCG